UGCAGAUGGAUACAAUCAAGAAGCUGUGGCUUUACCUAUGGGGUUGUGGAGGUUAACUUGAUAGCCAGACAGAAACUACUGGAAGUAGAAAGGAAGUCAAAUCUUCUCAAUAAACGUGCCGUGAAAAGUAUUCGGAGUGAAGAUGGGGACAUUAUUGACUGCAUUGAGGUUCACAAGCAGCCAGCUUUCGAUCAUCCUGCACUGAGGAAUCACACAAUCCAGAUGACACCCAGUUACAAUCCUCAAACGGAAAGGACAACCACAGCGAUGGAAACAUCAACAAAGGGUGGAGGAGGCUCUUCAGUGACUGUGACAUCACAGCUAUGGCAACGAAGUGGAAGCUGUCCUGAGGGCACAAUCCCUAUCCGGAGAAUUCGAAAGAAGGAAUUACUUAAAGCAAGUUCAGUGAAAGAGUACGGGAGGAAGAAGCCUUCCCAAAAGUUCAAUCAUCUUGAUGAAGACAUAGAUUCUUACCUUCAACUAGAAAAUCACUCGUUGGCGAUAUUGUUAACGGAAGGCUACAGCUAUUCAGGAGCUAAAGGAGACAUCAAAGUUUGGAACCCUUUCGUUGAAACUGAUGAUGAGUACAGUACCUCUCGCGUGUCUUUGAAAAAUGGCCCUUACAUGAGUUAUGAGGCUAUUGAAUCCGGCUGGGCAGUAAAUCCGGGUGUCUAUGGUGACAGGAGCACUCGAUUGUUUGUAUAUUGGACUACUGAUUCGUCAAAGACAACAGGUUGUUUUGAUCUCACAUGCCCUGGUUUUGUUCAAACUAGCAAUGAGGUUGCUCUUGGUGCUGCUAUAUAUCCAAUAUCAACCUCUACAGGGCUUCCAUAUCAAAUAACUACGUACAUCUUCCAGGAUCCAAAUACAAGCAAUUGGUGGGUGCAAUUUGGAGAGAAAACCAACAUAGGCUAUUGGCCACCCGAUCUGUUCACUCUGCUAAGAUAUCAUGCUAUAACUGUUCAAUGGGGAGGGGAAGUUUGCAGCUCAAAGACAGGGAUUCAUCCUCACACUGCAACUGGUAUGGGCAGCGGAAAUUUCCCGGAUUACAUGUUUGGCAACUCUGGAUAUGUGAAAAGAAUGCGGGUUCGCCAAACCAUUCUAGACUUGAGGUUUCCAGAGUGGGUUGAUACUUACACAGAUGAAUACAAGUGUUAUGAUGCCUUUUACCUUGGGGAUUAUGUUGAGGAUCCUGAAUUCUAUUAUGGAGGGCCUGGAGCAGGGAAUAUCUCUUAUGACAUCUCCAGAUCUCAUCAACUAUGAAUAUAGAGUACUAUCUCAGCACUACUUAUUGAUCAUAACAUUUGUAUGAAGACAUUUUAGUGUAUCGUAAUGCCUCAGUUCCCUUGCUUAGUUGACAGCAAGUGAAGAUGGGGACAUUAUUGACUGUGUUGACAUAUACAACCAACCAGCUUUCAAUCAUCCUGCGCUAAGAAAUCACACAAUCCAGAUGACACCCAGUUACCAUC